CACGGAUUCCUCCAUUCGCUAAUCCCAGCCCAAUCACGCUCCAACCUCUAAGCCCCCAGUUCUGAGCGCCGCCGCUCGGCUCCUUCCUCCACCCCUCGCCUGUCGCCGCCUCCCUCACCGGGCACCGCAGCGCGUCCCGGACCCAGUCAGCUCCCUGCGAGACACAAGAAGCGCGGAGGAGCUCCAAGGGAGAUGGGGUGGAAGGCUGCGGAGAAGCUCAUCAGGCACUGGAAGAUCCUCCGCGGUGACAACGUGAUGAUCAUCAGAGGCAAGGACAAGGGGGAGACCGGGCCGAUCAAGCGGGUCAUUCGGUCGCAGAAUCGCGUCAUCGUGGAGGGCAAGAACUUGGUUAAGAAACACAUUAAGCAAGGUGAAGGGCACACAGGUGGUAUUUUCUCGAUUGAAGCUCCACUUCAUGUUUCAAAUGUCCAAGUAGUUGACCCGGUCACUGGGAAACCAUGUAAGGUUGGAUAUAAGUAUUUGGAAGAUGGAACGAAAGUCAGGUUCGCUAGAGGAAUGAAUGCAUCUGGUGCUGUGAUACCCCGGCCAGAAAUUCUGAAGGAGAGAAGAAAACCGAGGCCCACGUCACCUGGCCCAAAGGAUACACCAAUUGAGCUUGUGCUGGAGAAGACCUACGAUGACAAAGCUGGAAUUGGUAUGCCUGAUCUAUAGCUGCCGCGUUGGUUGUGUUGAGAGAGUUCAGUAUAUUUGACCAGAUCCUAGUUAAGGUAUUAGGGGGUCGAUGAUUGCAAAUCUGCAGUUGUAUCAUGCUUCCCUCAUAAUAAUCAUGUAUUAGCGAUUGAAAGAAUGAUUACUGGCAUGCAUAAUGUUGUGUUUCUUUUAUCAAAGUGUCUGGUUCUCCAGAAAUGCAUUCUUGAAUGUGAAUUGGUGAAGAUUUGUAUCUUCUUAAUGGGAUAUCCAUUUGUGAAAAGAGAUGGAUCGAAAUUGUUGUUUC